AUGGAAAUCCCCGGUCCUGUCAAGCCGGCCCUUCUCGGCGCCAUCGCUCUGCUCGAUCUUGGCUCACUCGGCCUCCUGGCGUACGUUGUUUAUUCGUGGAGCGGCGACAUCUCCUACGGCUGGGGCUACACGCGCCAUUUCGACUCCCCGUCUCAGGUCAACUUCAUGCUCUUCAACACCAUCUGGACCAUCCUUGUCCUCGUCUAUCUGGGCGUUUUCCCCCGCUUCCUGAAGUCCCUGUACAAGAGCAUCGCAGCUCUAGCCCUGCUGGCUAUCAGCACCGUCCUCUGGUUGGUUGGCUCUAUUGUGCUUGCUGUCUUCCUCGGCGCCAGCAACUGCAACGUCAAUGCUGUCUGUGGCCCCUACAGGUCCGCCCAAGCUGCCACGGCCUUUGGCUUCGCCAUCUGGGCCAUGUUCACGGUCCUCAGCGUCUUGGAGCUCCUCGCCCUCCUCAAAAGCGGCUUCAGCUUCAAGUUCAAGAAGGGCGCCAAACCCGGCAGCACGGGAAACCAAAGGACUAGCCAGACCGCUUAG